CAAAAACAAAAACUGUCAAAACAUUUAUUUUGGAUCGCAUCAAUUUCACGUGGUUUUCGUGAUUUUUCGGCAUGUUUUAUGUAAUUUAUUGUACGGAUAUACAAUAUAUUGUGUUAAAAUGUACCGCCUUUUAAGUGCUAGAAAUGUAUAUCAUAGUGGAUUUCACAAUAAUGUAGUGAUUUCUACUAAUACCAAUUUCCAGAAUUCUACAAUUCCUGAAAUAAAAUGCUCGUUUUGUCGUAAAAUUCGUAUCGGUCGCCAAAAUAUAGACAACUUUGCUGUGAGGCACCAGUCCACGAGGCCCGCGAGUGCUCCACAGAAGGCUUUAAAGAAGAAAACUAAAUAUAAGAAAAGAUAUGGAGAACUUCUAGAAGUGGGUGACAAGGCUAUGAAAGAGAUGAAGGUGUCAAUUAACAAAUUACGUGCUGAUCAGCUGUCGAAGCUGGCGUCCAGCUCCGUGUCACUGGGCCAGCUGCACAGACUCACCACCAAGACCCCCAACACCACUAAGGAGGUCGACACUGACCUCCUGCAGAGCAUUAAGAACAAAUUACUGAACAAACCAGCCACCACCUCAGCAUUCAGGGAAAUCUCUCUAGAAGAUGACAAGUGUGCCCUAAUAUUUACAAACCAUGGCAUAUCUAGCCUAGAAGAAAGAAUAAAAACAAAGCAGUACAUAGAUAUGGUUAAAGAAAGUUAUUACAAUUUUAGAAAGGCAACUUUGUAUGAUCAGAAACUCCAGGAUUUGCAAUAUGCCAUCAAUGAAGGAUUGAAUCAGGAGUUUGAUUUAGCCCCUGAUUUUGGCAAAAACAAAACCAAUAUUUCAGUGAAUGAUGACUUGUCAAUGCCCAAGGGUGCUCAUGCAGUGUUCAAGGAAUUGUUCUUUGAAAAAGACAUUGAUAGUUAUGACCAGGACCUUGUGACACAGUUGUCUUCAUUGCCUUCUCAAGACCUGGUGCAUCCUCUCAUAGAAGACAUUGAUGAGGAGGGAGCUCUGCUUGGAGAGAUGGCUGAAGUGAAAGAUGAAUGGGACCUGGAUCAUCAUGAACCUGAUGUACAAGGCCUUAAUAUAAAGAAAGCGAAGCAAGCACUAAAAGCCAAGAAGAAAGCGAAGCGCACAGCCAAGCUGGCGCUAGCGCAGGAGCACAUGAAGGAGAGCAUGCGCGCGGUGGAGGCGCGCGGCAAGCAGCACGCGCUGCACCGGCUGUUGGGGGCGCACCUGCAGCUGCUGUGCGCGCUGCGCAUGACGCACCAGGGUCGUCAAGUUUUACAGUAUUAUCGACUUCGAGGGAGCAGGGUGCCUGAACAUCCGAAAGUGACAGAUGUAAAAAUAUACAACACACUUUUACAUGGAUACGCAGGAAUGGGCAGCUACAAGGAGGUCCAGGAGAUCCUGUCGUGGCUCACGCAGGACGACAUCGCGUGGUCGGCGCAGACCUACGCCGCUGCGUUCGAGUGUGUAGAACGGAGUCAGCUGCCCGACCCAGUGGCGGUGCUGCGGGAGUAUAGGCAGAAGAUGGAGAGUGAGGGAAUAACUCUAAACGACCUAUUAGACAAAUCAGUGUUCGAGAACGACCAAAGAGAAGUUGUACUUAAGGCAAUACGGAGGCUGGAACCUGACUUCGAACCAGUGUACACUCCCCCAGACCUUGACUACAACUGUCCAUUGCUAAAUGACCUUAAUCUCGAGCACACAGAGAACAGAUUGGGUCUGGCAAAGUCGCCGGCUGAAGGUCUGUUUACAGUAGAAGAGCUGAUAGAAAGAGGAAAGAAGCAACUAGAGAUUGAAAUCAAAGGAGAUAUUGAAGUUAAGAAUAUUGAUAUUAAAGAUGAUUCUUCGCCGGCGGUAACUUUGCAUAGGACAAAACUGCGGGAAACAGAAGAGGAAUGGCGUAAAGUGAUAAAAGAGGCGUUCGUGCGGAACCUCAGCACGCUGAAGUCGCAGAGCAACGCGUCGCACACCGCCAUCACGCUCUACCCCUAUUUGAAAGUGUUGGAGGAGGAGCAGAUAGUGGAGCUGGUGAUGGGCGAGAUCAGCAAGCUGGUGGACGGCAGCGAGAGCUACAGCCCCACGCUCAAGCUGCUGCAGCGGGACCUGGGCGCACAGGUUUAUAAUAAGUACCAAAUAUCCCAAUACCGCCGCAACGGCGUCCUCAAGAAGACCGAGGAGGUGUUCGCUCAGUACUGCGCGUGGUACGCGACCCGGGGCUCGCUGGACGGCACGGGGCGCGCCUACAACUGCCGCCAGGCGUGGCAGCUGCUGGUGCAUAGGAACAGAGAGGGCGCUAGUUUGGAUUUAGAAGAAACCCCGUGGCCGGUGGAGAUCCGGCAGAACAUCGGCAAGUUCCUGUACAACAUCAUCAUCAACGACGUCAAGAUCGACGUCAACAUGUUCAAGACGAAGGGGAAAGAAAAGAAGCUCCCAGCAGUCUACAAAGUCCACCGCCCGUGGGGCCGCCUCGUCCGUCUGGAACUAAAGCCUCACCCGGUGCUGGCGCGGCUGUGGGCGGGCGCCGCGCGGCCCUCGCUCGCCAUGCGCGCCGCCCUGCUGCCCUCCGUCGCGCCCGCCGCGCCCUGGGCACAGCACAACAAGGGGGCUUAUCUAGUCACACACACGCCGCUUAUUAGAAUGCCAGUGAACGUGGUGCAACAAUGGCGGCGCGUGGAGGCGGCGGGCCCCAUGCUGCGCCCCGCGCUGGACUCGCUCAACCAGCUGGGCGAGGUGCCGUGGCGCGUCGACGCCGCCGUGCUGGACCUGCAGCUGCAAGUCUUCAGGUCGGGCGGCAACAAGAAGCUGGACAUCCCGCCGCCCCCCUCCGCGCUGGACCCUACCGCCUUCCCCCCCGCGGAGUCCAAGCCCGCCGCCUUCCGCCGCCGCCUCGCCGUCAGCCGCGCGCGCGCCGAGAUGUACUCGCUGUGGUGCGACGCGCUGUACAAGCUGUCCCUCGCCAACCACUACCGAGACGACAUAUUCUGGCUGCCCCACAACCUUGACUUCCGCGGGCGUGUCUACGCCUGCCCCCCGCACCUGUCUCAACUAGGGGCGGAUAGUGCCAGGGCCCUGCUGAAGUUUGCGAACAAACGGCCGCUCGGACCGCACGGGCUCAAGUGGCUGAAGCUACAUGCGAUUAAUCUGACGGGGACAAUGAAGAAGAAGACUGUUGAGGAGAGACUAAAAUACGCGGACUCAGUCCUGGAUCUAAUCCUGGACUCGGCGGACAAUCCUCUGACCGGCAAGCGGUGGUGGGCGCAGUCCGAGGAGCCGUGGCAGACGCUGGCCGCCUGCAUGGAGAUUGCGAACGCCGUUAGGUCGCCUAAUCAUGAAGAAUACCUGUCCGGGUUCCCGGUGCACCAGGACGGGUCGUGCAACGGGCUGCAGCACUACGCGGCGCUGGGCGGGGACGCGGCCGGCGCCGCCGCCGUCAACCUCGCGCCGCUGCCCGGCCCGCGCGACGUGUACAGCGCUACAGCCGCUCGAGUGGAAGAGAUGCGCGCGCGCGACGCGGCGGCGGGGGUGGCGGCGGCGCAGGCGCUAGAGGGCUUCGUGCGGCGCAAGGUCAUCAAGCAGACCGUCAUGACCACCGUGUACGGGGUCACGCGCUUCGGGGCCAGGUUGCAGAUCGCCAAGCAACUCAAAGACAUAGACGAGUUCCCCAAGGAGCACGUGUGGUCGUGCUCGCAGUACCUGACGGCGCGAACGUUCGACAGCCUGCGCGAGAUGUUCACGUCCACCAAGCAGAUACAGGACUGGUUCACUGAUUGUGCCAAGUUGAUCUCAGGCGUGUGCGGCGAGAGCGUGGAAUGGAUAACACCCCUAGGACUCCCCGUGGUGCAGCCGUACUACCGGCGCAGCGGGCCCUCCACCGCGCAGUGCAAGGCGCCUCUUGACCACCAACAACGACCGUGCACAAUGAAGCAGCGCAACGCGUUCCCGCCCAACUUCAUCCACUCGCUGGACUCGACGCACAUGAUGCUGACCAGCCUGCGCUGCCAGGCGCGCGCCGUCACCUUCGUGUCCGUGCACGACUGCUUCUGGACGCACCCCGACACUGUGGACAGAAUGAACAAGAUAUGCCGCGAACAGUUUGUAGCUCUCCAUUCACAGCCGAUAUUAGAAGAAUUAUCAGAUUUCCUAGUAAAGCGAUACAGCUAUCCUGAAAGUGAAAUAACCGGUGACUCGGCGGGCGCGGCCAACAAGCGUCGCGUCAACAAGCUACUCCAACGCGUGCCCGAGAAGGGGGACUUCCAGCUACAGAACGUUCUAGAUUCCGUCUACUUCUUCAGCUAAGUCGUAUUGGUUUUGUAUGUUAGUGUAUUGUGGAGAGACUGCACUGGUUACUACCUCUCUGGUUGCACUGCCCUCCUGGUAUUAUUGCAGGUCAGUGUAUAUUAUUUAACUGUAAGGGAUGAAUUGAUAUCAAAACGAUUGUAAAAUAUAAAUCAAAUGAAACGAAUGCAAUGGGAACUGUGCUGUCAGGCCUUGUAAGGUUUUUCAUAGUUUGCAACUUUGCAUGAACUGACGUUUUCUCGCAUAAGAAACGGCUUAUUUAGUGCAAACUACACAAUAUUGUAGUUUACACAAGUAAAUAUUGAUUCUGAUCUAAAUCUUCCUAGUCACUUCGCAUGAUUUAGUCGCCAAAGUGUAUUAUCAAAGCGAGUAAAGAACUUGAAUGUAUCGGAUACUUAAAUAUUGCAUAUCUAUAAAUAUACCAGAGAGGUUUCGAGUUCGAGUACCCAGUGGCAUUUGUGAAAUAUUGACUUGAUUUAGAAAAGCUAAUAAUAGACUGAUGUAAGAUAAUGAUGGAUUUAGACACGUCGAAUUUGGAAUAAGAAUGCUGUUUGGAGCAUUUAUGAUUAUACGUAUGGUUAUGGAGUAGAUAUUCAAUUGUUAUUCUUACAAAUGUUAUGUUAUAUCUAUGCCAAUACUGCCUUGACCUUCCAUAGCAAUAAAAAAGCGUACAAUAGAUUGAAAUAUAACCUCGCGCGCCAAAGACUUGGCAACAUUAUAAUUUAGGUUUCCUAGGUUUUUGUUCUAGGAUAUUCCAAAUAGAAUAAACUUUUGUAUGUUUAUACAAUAGGUACACCGAGUCGGCACACAUAAUAACUAAAAUAGUUUGUGUUAAAUGCUAAGAACGUGUGUGCUUGCUUAUUAUAACUGUAUUAAUCGUUUACAUAAUUAUAUGAGUUCUUUCACUUCAAAAACCAAAAGUGCAAUGAAACAACUGAAUAAAAGUAUCUGUGAUUUGUUAGUUAUGUAAUACUUAAUAAAUUAAGAUGAAUUAUCAAA